GGCCUUUGUCCGUUAAAUUUGGUGUUAACCAUUCAUUUUGGAUUAUAUUAAACACAGACGUCCUCCCUGGGGGUAGUCUGAGUGGAGCACACACACCUUGGCACUGAGCAUGCGCACUGUAGUCGUGUCUUGAAGACUCCGCGGAUUGAGGAAGUUCACUAACUCAUGCGAUUAUCAUGCUCUGGAUUUAAGUAUUAGUUAUUAACACUAACUUUUCCGGGAAGUAUUAUAGACACCAGUGGCCUUCAGGAUGAGCUCAUCUGUAGACCUGGAGCAGAUGGCUGAGAUAGAAUUGAAGAAGGACGAUGAAGAGUACGAGGAAGAGCACAGCGGCCUGGCCAAGCGUCCGGAGUCGUUGCCGUCACCGAGCGGGGGCGGGCUUGACUCCUCCCACCCGUAUUACGACGUCGCACGCCACGGGAUCCUCAAGGUCAUAGGGGACGACAAUUACGGACGCAAGCUCAUCGUCUUCAGCAGCUGUUGCAUGCCGCCGUCGCACCAGCUCAACCACCAGCGCCUGCUAGAGUACCUGAAGUACACUCUGGACCAGUACGUGGAGAUGGACUACACAGUGGUGUACUUCCACUACGGCCUCCGCAGCAGCAACAAGCCGUCCAUCCGCUGGCUCCGCAGCGCCUACGCAGAGUUCGGCAGGAAAUACAAGAAGAACCUGAAGGCCCUGUAUGUGGUCCACCCCACAAACUUCAUCAGGAUCGUCUGGAACAUUUUCCAUCCCUUCAUAAGUCACAAGUUUGGCAGGAAGUUGACGUACGUGAACUACCUGGCGGAGCUCCGGGAGCACGUCCCCUACCAGCAGCUCGUCAUCCCCCCCGACGUCCUCAGACACGACGAGCGGUUGCGAGCGGCUCAGAAGAGUGGCCCCGCCCCCCCGAUGAAGACCCCCCCGCCCAGACCGCCGCUGCCAACCCAGCAGUUUGGGGUCAGCCUAAAUUACCUCCGGGAGAAGAACAAGCAGGCGCUGAUCCCUCUGGUGAUGACUCAGAGCAUCUCCUACCUCAAGGAGCACGGGCUCAGAACGGAAGGCCUGUUCAGGAGGAGUGUGAGGGUUCAAAUCAUCAAGGACAUCCAGAAGCUCUACAACCUCGGGAAGCCGGUGAGCUUCCAGCAGCAUGGAGACGUCCACGUCCCCGCCGUCAUCCUGAAGACCUUCCUGAGGGAGCUGCCGGAGCCCCUGCUCACCUUCGCCCCCUACCAGCAGGUCCUGGACAUCACCGGCGUGGAGAGCAGUCUGCGGGUAUCCAGGUGUAAACAGAUCGUUGAGAGCCUUCCGGAACACAACCGCGAGGUUCUGAAGUACCUGGUGACCUUCCUCCACAUGGUGUCCGUGGAGAGCAUCGUGAACAAGAUGAGCCCCUCCAACCUGGCGUGUGUGUUGGGCGUGAACCUGCUGUGGCCCCCCAAGGGGAGCGUGUCCCUCUCCGCCCUGGCCCCCAUCAACGUCUUCACCGAGAUUCUCAUCGAGCACUGCGACGCCGUGUUCCGGGAGCCCGUGGUCGGCACGGCAACGGCAUGAAAACACGGGAGACGACGUCUGGUUUUUUUUAUGACGAACUAGAUAACGUAUUUUAUGACGAACCACUGAACGGUUCGGACCUGGGUAAGACGAGGAGCAGGCCCGAGAUGUCCCGGUUUUCCUGUUUUAAGGGACAUUUCGGUUGACUUUGAUGAGUAAAGUGUUAAAGGAGACAUAUUAUACCACCAGGUGUGAGCGGGAUUAGCCAUACAAGCC